ACAACCGGGCGGUGUCAGCCGAAGAAAACGGGGCAGAGGUGCAGCGAGAGGCCGAGACAGGGCUUCAUUUCCCCGGGUGAUUGUACUGAGUAGCACCAGCGGACUUCAGGAGUCAACAUGUCAACAAAUGUCAGCACCGAGGAGAUGGAGGAGAUCAUGGAGGGCUUCCAGAAAGUGGAUGUGGAUAGUAACGGGUACAUCACCGCAAGUGAACUUGGUGAUCUCUUCCGUGAGGUGGGCAUGGCUUUGCCAGGAUAUAAGAUCAGAGAAAUCCUUCAGAAGCUGGACAGAGAUAACGACAGCCACAUCAACCUUGAAGAGUUCACGGCUAUUUUCAAGGACUUGAAGAACGACAAAAUGGCCCAGAGUUUCAAGGUAGCUCUCAACAAAAAAGAAGGCAUCCUAGCCAUCGGGGGCACCAGUGAGAUCUCUAGUGAAGGAACUCAGCAUUCAAUCUCUGAGCAGGAGCGCAUUGCCUUUGCCAACUACAUCAACUUGUCUUUGGAGAAGGAUCCAGACUGUCAACACGUCCUGCCCAUCAACCCCGAAACUGAAGCUCUGUUUAAAGCAGUGGCAGACGGCAUCAUACUUUGUAAACUCAUCAACCUCUCUGUUCCCGACACCAUUGAUGAGAGAACCAUCAACAAAAAGAAACUCACACCUUUUACCACACAGGAGAAUCUGAACUUGGCUCUGAACUCAGCUUCGGCCAUCGGCUGCCAGGUUGUCAACAUUGGAGCUCAAGAUCUGAAGGAGGGAAAACCUCAUCUGGUGCUGGGACUCCUCUGGCAGAUUAUCAAGAUAGGACUGUUUGCUGAUAUAGAGCUGAGCCGCAAUGAAGCUAUUGCCGCAUUGCUGGAGGAAGGGGAGAGUCUGGAAGAGCUGAUGAAGCUCAGUCCUGAGGAGCUGCUGCUGCGCUGGGCCAAUUUCCAUUUAAAGAAAGUUGGCAUGUCCAUAUCAAACUUUUCUGGAGAUAUUAAGGACUCCAAGGCGUACUUCCACCUGCUUGAGCAGAUUGCCCCAGACGGCAGCAAAGAGGACGCUCCACGAGUUGAGAUUGACAUGUCUGGUCUUUAUGAGAAGGAUCUUACGAAGAGAGCAGAGCAUAUGCUCCACCAGGCCGACCGCCUCGGCUGCCGACAGUUUGUAAGUGCCUUUGAUGUUGUGACUGGAAACUCAAAGCUCAACAUGGCCUUUGUAGCCACGCUCUUCAACAAACACCCGGCUCUCACCAAACCAGAGGACCAAGACUGGAAUCUGGAGAGUGAGACCAGAGAGGAGAGGACUUUCAGGAACUGGAUGAACUCCCUCGGAGUCAAUCCACAUGUUCACCAUAUCUAUGGUGAUCUGCAGGAUGCCAUGGUGAUUCUCCAGCUUUAUGAUCGGAUUAAGGUGCCAGUGGACUGGGAUUCCAGAGUCAACCUCCCUCCAUUCAAGACAACAGGAGGAGGGCAUUUAAAAAAGAUUGAAAACUGUAAUUAUGCUGUGGAGCUGGGUAAAACCAAAGCUGGUUUCUCCCUGGUGGGGAUUGGUGGAGAGGACCUCUUCAAUGGAAAUUCAACUCUAACUCUGGCACUGGUGUGGCAGCUGAUGAGGAGGUACACGUUAAAUGUUCUGGAGAACCUUGGAGAUGGUGAAGUUGCAGGAGAUGAUUUGAUAGUUUCAUGGGUCAAUAAGACUUUGGCUGAGGCUGGCAAGAGUUCCUCUAUCAAAAGCUUUAAGGACAAAGGGAUCGGUACCAGUUUGCCAGUUCUGGACCUGAUUGAUGCCAUUCAGCCAGAGAGUGUGAACUUUGAGCUGGUUCAAACAGGAAGUCUGUCAGACGAAGACAAACUGAGCAAUGCCAAGUAUGCCAUAUCCAUGGCGAGGAAGAUCGGGGCGAAAGUCUACGCCCUGCCUGAGGACCUGGUAGAGGUCAACCCUAAAAUGGUGAUGACCAUCUUCGCCUGUCUGAUGGGGAGAGGCAUGAAGAGGGCGUAGAGGAGACACACAUUCACAUGUACACUCUCCCUCACACACACACACAUUUUGACUGACUGUGUUGGCCUGUGUGACAGGAGGAGACAUGAGGAGAGUGAGCAGAGCUGUAUUGUCCUGUUCUUUUGAGCAAUUCUUUGUUAGCCAAAAUAGAAGUGUCACUUUAUUAAUCUAUUCUGCAUUAGGGCUGGGUUUCAUUUAAAAAAUUGCGAUGCCAGUACCAAUACCAGUACCUCUAAAGUGAUACUGAUACCAAUAGAGUACCUCAUUUGAUACCUUUUUUCUUACUUCUUUAAUACCCAUCAUGUGAAUGGAAGCGAUCAGUUGUGUGAAAAUGCCACGACCACUCCUCCUCAUUCAAAUGAUUACUUCCUAACAGUUUGGUGACAUCUUGGCAUGCUGAACUUCCAACUGCCAAAUACGCCGCACUUGGCUUCACCACAACACAGACUGUAUUGGUUGUAGAUGCUACGAUAGUGGGCCAAUCACAUGUUGCAUUAAAAAGCACUUGUGGUGAUUGGCUGUGAGCAAAACCAGACAAAUAUGGUACAAAAAGGAUCAAACGCAGGUAUUGUUUGACUGGAGAAGUUUCGAUACUACUUGGUACUGAGUUAUUUCGGUUGAUACCUUGAAGAUAUUGAGUAGCGAUCCCCAGCCCUAUUCUGCAUUUAAAACAGACAUGAACAUUUGUAUAUAUUGACACAACCAACAGUAAUGCUCCUAGGGUUCAAGACCAAGUUAACAGUGAGGUGAGACUUCUAUAAUGGCUAUGUGGUAAAUAUUUGGGGUUUGGGGUUCUCUUCUGGAUCUCAGUUUUGCUUUGGGACACUAUGGUGGUUGAGUGAUUUGCAGCAUCGCAUUAAAAACACUCUGUCUCCCAUACUUCCCUUAAAUAUGAAUAUGAGUGUGAAUGUGUUUGUCUAGACUGGUGACCAGUCCAGGGUCUGCCCAGUGCAUGCUGGGAUAGACUCCUGCCUGCCUGUGACCCUCAUGAGGGGUAAGCCUGUUGAGAAAAGAAAUGAAUAAAAGGUUUAGUUGCUGUGAUACAUGGGAAACAUUUAGAGGCAGUGACCACUUAACUUCUCUCAGUCCUGCUGAAAACACAAAUUCAGGGUGAUGUUUCUCGUUUUAGCAUUUCAGUUGAUUUUAAAUCUCCAGUGAGAUUUUACUGCAGUGUUACCUCUGCAUUCUUACUUUUUCCCCACCCAUUGACAUGCUUGAUAUUUCCUCAGCUGCAUUGCCUCAGAGUUUCCCAUGUGUCUCUGCUUCUUAAAAUACCAUCUAGGUUCUGCUGUAUCUUCCAAUGUGCCAGCCAAAUCAACGAAUAAGCAUUUAUUGUACUUAAGCCAUAAUAUGAUAUUCUUUACUGAAUACCUUUUGGCCUUUUUAAGUAUGACCAAAGCUGUGCUAGAUUAUAAGUUCAUGUUGUCACACUAGAAACUGUAAAACCUUUGAAGUCCAUUAACUUACUCAUUAAUACUCAUGUAGUUCAAGUAUUUUAAAUGGGAUUUUAAGGGGACAGAUAUUAGAUAUUAGUGGAUUUA